UUAUCCUCCACUACACUGAUGAUGUGAGCAUUCAUUGAACGGGAUGUACCAUUAUGAGAAGAUAGCUGACAAUCUGGUGUUUAGUUCGUUUUCAUCAAUCAUGGUUGGGGAGAGGAUCCGAACAAUAAGUACAUAUUGCAACUCCCAUUCAUCCGACUUAUCCACUGCGGAGUCUUGAGCGUCAUGAUCUUCUUCGUCCUCAGCGGCUUUGUGCUCACAUAUAGUCCGUUGAAGAAGGCUCAUAGUGGACAAGCUGAAGCCUGCAUUGGAUCCCUUCCAUCAAGCGUUUUCCGCCGCGGGAUGCGACUAUUUUUCCCGACUGUCCCCCUCCUUUUCAUUGUCCUCGUCUUGAAAACAUACGGGUUGUACUACAAUAGCGGAAGCAGGGAUCCCGAGGCACCCCCAGCCACCGGCAUCUUGGCGCUUCUCGCCAUGGUUUGGCAUAAUUUCAUCAUCAUCACGACUCAGACCACCACCGCCAGCUUCUUGCCUCAGGCCUGGACACUGUCAGUCGAGUUCAGGGGAUCAAUUCUCGUCUUCCUGUGCUGCUUGGCCCUGGGACGGGUGUCCCCCCUGGCCCGGCUAUCGGUGGUUGCGAUCAUUUUCGUUUUCUUCUGGACCCUCGGCGCGGAUGGAGACAUGUGGCAGCCCUGCCUCUUUCUCUGGGGCAUGGCUCUCGCUGACAUCCGCCAUUUGCGGAACAAGCUACCGAGCCUGGAGGGUUCACUUGAGAGAACGGCUUCGUACAGCUGGUGGCUGGUCUUUGUGUUCUCGCUCUGGCUGGGAGGCUACCCCAUCAAUGGUCACACCUUCAACGCCGUAGGAUACGGGUGGCUCGAAUACUUCCCCACGUUCGGCCAGGACCCGGCGCGCACUUUCCCGGCUGUCGGUGCCAUGAUACUGGUAACAUCCCUAGAAAACUUGCCCCCUUUGCAGCGCUUGUUGAACGCGCGCUGGGUGUUAUACCUGGGCGAGGUCAGCUUCGGCAUGUAUCUGGUUCACUGGGCUGUUGAGAGGUCUUUCCUCGGCCUGGGUCUCAAGUUCGCGAUGCAGAACGCCGGGUAUUCUCUUGGCCUGGCUUGGACUUGCAGUUUCACCGUGGUUAUUGUGCUCACCUUGUGGUUCGGAGAUUUGCACUGGAGAUUUAUUGACCAGAAGUGCGUUCGCCUUGCACGCUGGUUGACCGAUACGUUGGGGGUGUAGUACAUGAGCUUUCAUUCUGAGACUAUCUAUAAUCAUGAUUUUGUAGUAUUGUCGUGUUGAUUUACUAUACAGAUUGCAUGUAGAUUGAUAGCUUCUAUUCCGUCGUUCCAGCGUCUUACACUAUACCUCUUGACUCUCAUUCUUUGAUCUGACCUGUGAUGAAUGGUAUGAAAUCCGAGCCAAUGGUGGCUUUCUUGGCUUGGAGUCCUAUUGUGAUCGAUAUCGAAAACUCCAGGUUGGCGUUCUGAUAGUGUUGGUAUACACGUAAGCAGGUCAGACCUUUCGGUCGCGA